CCCCCAACAGCUGCAAUCUGGAAGAAAUUACUCUUCUAAACAUCCAGACUUCCCGGGUUUCAGGAAAUUCCAAGCUGGGCAGGGGGAGGGGCCGGGCUGGGGGCGCGCCCUCCAUCCCCCCCCCCCGUAAGCUCUGCGCCUGUUUUGUGCACACCCAGUCCAGCCUCCUCCCUGGUCCCCACAGUCAGCCCACCGGGGCCUCGGCUUCUCCACCACCAGAGCUUUCUAGUCCUUUAAAUCCUAGAGGCAAACUUUUUUUUGGGGGGGGGGGGUAGUAAGGAAGGCUGGGAGGGGCCUGUGGUUUAACCCUCUCGGCCCGGGACAAUGAACUGACUGAGAAGGAAGGACUCUGCAGCCUGGGCGGGGACGCCGCGCUAGCUUGGGCUCCAAGGAUGGCCCCCGAGAGGGGCUAAUCUUCAGUCCCGGUGCAGGUGAGAUCCCGCCCGGGGCAACCAGGAAGGCCAGGGCUGGAGUCCAGGAGGCAGAGGCAGAGGCAGACUGCCAGGCAGGGAGGGGUCGCAGCUUGCGUGGGAGCCCCAGCGCACCCGCCCAGCGCUCCCAGUUCACUCAGGACCCCGAGAUGCCCGUGCUGAAACAGCUAGGUCCCGCGCAGCCCAAGAAGCGACUGGAGCGCGGGGCGCUGUCUAUCUCGGCGCCGCUCGGUGACUUCCGGCACACACUGCAUGUGGGACGCGGCGGCGACGCCUUCGGGGACACCUCUUUCCUGAGCCGCCACGGGGGCGGGCCGCCCCCGGAACCCCGCGCACCGCCCUCGGGGACUCCGCACUCCCCUCCGCCGCCCGCAGCACCCCAGCCCCCAUCGCCCAGCCUCCGCACACCCUCGCCCGCAGACCCAUUGCUGUCCUUCCACCUGGACCUAGGCCCUUCCAUGCUGGACGCGGUGCUGGGCGUCAUGGACGCGGAGCGCGCCACGGCUACCCCCGCCAAACCCGAUGGGGAUGCCCACCCAGGGACGCAGCACCCCAGGGCCCGCGGUCGCCCCAACGCUGACCACGAGCUGGACGACGUCAUUGGUCUGUAGCGCCCUAGUUUCCGCACCCUUCCUGCCUAGCAGCCACUUCUGUACACAUAAACAGCCGAGGUUUGCACACUGA